UAAAAACUCAGAGACUACAGAAAGGAGCGAGAGAGGACUAAAAUACAAGAUUAAAACACCAGAAUAGGGAUAUAUUACUCUGUUGUAGCCGACGCCACUCGUCAUCAUGCCGGCGGAGGUGAAAGAGGAACUGAGCCCAAGCUAUCCCACAACUUUGCCCACUCAGAAUCAUAACAAAGAGCCGACUGAAGAUGUGCUGUCUGCCGAAGACACACCGGACACGCCAUCCUCCGACCUGAGCACAGUCACUAUCACCACCGGCAGCACACAGAACACAGAGACCAAUAAUGAUGAGAGUUCAGGGAUUGGGACAGAGAAGUCCUCCAGUCCUGAUACCGAGAUGAACCUCCUCAGUGCCUCCAGCUCUCAUGAGGAGGUUGUGCCAAAACAGCUGGAGGAAAGUACAUCUGAUGCAACAGAGACUGUGGCAGAGUGCCAAGCUUCCCAAGAUUCAGAGGACAUUCUGGCUCCCAGUAUUUUACUGGAGAAAGGAGAAGAAUUCGUUCCUCCUCAAACUGCCACUGAACCCUCACACUCAGAGACCAACACCUCAUCUGACACUCUGUGUGAAACUGUCAAAGACCAGCCAGCUAAGCAUAGCACCCUUCAAAGCCCUCACGUAACUGUCAGUAAUCACAUCACCAUGCCCCAUGCUUUUCAGUACCCACCUUCUUAUUCAACCCUACCAGCCAGAAACUACAUACCAGAGAACUGCUACACUCUCCCACUUCACCGAGACAGCUUUGGUCGAAUUGGGGGACCAAUGUGCAACGGAGCGGCCAAAGGAGAUCAGGAUGGCGCUGACUUACGGUCAGGAAUCACUGCCAUCAGUCACCCCAUGAUGGGAGGAACCCUGCCCAUGAGACCUACCCUGGACCUUGCGGUUGAUGAUCACCUUGGUCCGUUACCCCAUCCCUUCCUGCAGGAUCUGUACCGGAUGCAGACCCUGAUUUCACAUAAACGUGCCAGCAUGGUCAGCCUGGAUACCAUUCGCAAAGACCCUCGAUGGAGAGACCCCAAUUUGCGUGAGGUCAUUGCCAUGCUCAGCCACCCCAUGGAUCCUGUCAAGUCCAAUGCUGCUGCCUACCUGCAGCAUCUCUGCUAUGAGAAUGACAAGGUAAAGCAGGAUGUGAGGCAACUGCGUGGCAUUCCCAUAUUGGUGGGGUUGUUGGACCACCCCAAGCCUGAGGUCUACCGCAAAGCCUGCGGUGCCCUGCGAAAUAUUUCCUUUGGCAAGGAUCACUACAACAAGGUGGCCAUCAAGAACAGUGAUGGAAUCCCAACACUGCUGAGGCUGCUCAGAAAGACCAGUGACAUGGAAGUCCGAGAGCUGGUCACAGGAACACUGUGGAAUCUCUCCUCUCAUGAACCCCUGAAGAUGGUCAUUAUCAACCAUGGACUUCAGACUCUGACUGAUGAGAUCAUCAUUCCACAUUCAGGCUUAAGAGGGGAUCCCAAUGACCCUUCCAGACCAGGAGCUCCGGAAUGGACCACAGUAUUCAAGAACACAUCUGGAUGUUUAAGGAAUGUGAGUUCUGACGGGGCUGAAGCUCGUCAGAAGAUGCGGGAUUGUGAGGGACUGGUGGAUGCUCUACUCCAUGCUCUUUACUCUGCAGUGACUAAAAGGGAUAUGAAUAACAAGUCAGUGGAGAACUGUGUCUGCAUCCUUCGUAAUCUGUCCUACCACGUGCACAAAGAAGUACCAGGAGCAGAAAAAUUCUACAGCAACCCCACCACUCAGACCCUCAAGCCAAAAACCCAGCAAAAGAAAAAGGAGAUUCCAGAUUGUUUCGGUGGACGAGGCUCCAAAGAGGAGUGGUUCAAUCAGUGCCGGAAACACGGAGCGAAUGACAAAACCUGCAGCACUUUGGACAUGCCCAAGCGCACACUGCCGACAAAAGGUCUGGAGCUCCUGUACCAGCCCGAGGUUGUGAGACUGUAUUUGUCUCUUCUGAAGCUGAGCCACAACCAGAACACUCUGGAGGCAGCUGCAGGGGCCCUCCAGAACCUGUCAGCAGGACUCUGGGCUUGGUCUAAUUACAUCAGAGCAACCAUACGUAAAGAGAAGGGUCUACCUAUUCUGGUUGAACUGCUUCAUUCGGAUGCAGAUAAGGUGGUGAGGGCGAUUGCCAUUGCUCUCCGCAACCUGGCCAUCGACCACAAAAACAAAGAUCUUAUUGGAAGCUAUGCCAUGAGGGAUCUGGUCAGCAACCUUCCCAGCGGCCAACAGCAUCCUGCCAAAAACCUUGAUGAGGACACAGUGGUGGCAAUCCUUAAUACUAUACAUGAGAUCAUCACAGACAACCUGGAGAACACUCGCUUCCUUGUUCAAGGCCAGGGCAUUCAGAAGCUGGUGGCCAUAAACAGGACAAGUCAAUCUGUAAGAGAGAAUAAAGCGGCCUCACAUGUCCUUCAGACUGUGUGGACCUACAAAGAUUUAAGACACACACUAGCCAAAGGAGGCUGGAAUAAAUCUCACUUCAAGCCAGCCGUGUCUGGAGUCCCAAAAAAGCAAAAAAAUUCAAAGCUUGGCAACGACGACAUCACGCUGCCCUUAAUGGAGAAAAACCAAGAUGGGUACUGCAGUGCUGAUCAGAGUGACAGAGUUGGAGACGGACCAUGCCACAUGAUAGAGCGGGAAUCUCUCCAGGGUGUAAAUGAUAAGAGGCAUUUCAUCAGGUCUGGCAGGCCAGCGGUUGGCUUAGUGGAGCGCACUCCUCAACCUUUGGACUCUUGGGUCUGAGGUCCCACCUGAUAAGCGUACUUUGGAGAAAACCUGCUAACAUCAGCCGAGAGGAGACCACGAAUCAUGCCACAGAUUUAAUUCCAGCAUCUUAAAAAAAAAAAAAAUGAACUUUUUGUUUUGGCGAACUUGACUGUUCAUGCCUAACAGUUUUAUUAUUAUUUCAUGCACAUUUUCUCUCUUAAAUGCUAAACUUUG